UGCUAUUUACCCCUUCGGUCGUCGGCGCCUCUACUCUCCAGUCUACACUACCACAGUCCUCUCCGAACCACCAGCGGCCCCUCCGCCUCUCUGCCGGCGGUCUGCCUCUGAAAUUUUGCGAUUGCAUCCCGAAAGCUUUGAGAAAAAGCUGAAGUUCCUCUUUCCGAUCCAGGAAAUUAUUUGCAGUAACUUAUUUACAUUUUCUUGUAAGAAAAAGAUUUUUGUGGGUCGACCCGGAAUUUGAGUAAUAGACAUGGUGGUGGCCUCAGGAACCAAUGUCUUCGCCAAGGAAAUGGCGAUCAGAAAAAGAAUUGCCGGCAUAUACAAUAAAAGAGAGGAGGAUUUCCCAUCGUUACGGGAAUACAAUGACUACUUGGAGGAAGUAGAGGACAUGAUAGUUAAUUUAAUUGAGGGAAUAGAUGUCCCUGCUAUUGAAGCUAGAAUUGCUCAGUACCAGAGAGAAAAUGCUGAACAAAUCAUGAAUGCUCAAGCUCGCAAGGCUGAGGAAUAUGCAGCUGCUUUGGCAGCAAGCAAGGGACAACUUCAGCAGACGGGUGCUGAUCUUCAAUCAAGCUCCCAAGCAGGGACCAGCGGCACUGUUGCUCAGGGCCAAUAUGCGCCGGCAGUUGCUGGAGGUGGAAUCGCCCAGCCGCGUCCAGUGGGGAUGGGCCCUCAACCCAUCCCUCUCGGGUCUGGUCAUGACAUGUUUGAAUAUGAAGAUGAAGAAACGAUGAAACUCCGAGCAGAAAAAGCUGCAAGAGCAGGCGGAUGGAGUGUAGAGAUCAGCAAGAAACGCGCAAUCGAAGAAGCUUUUGCCAGCAUCUGGAUAUGAUAUUUAUAUAAUUGUAGGCUUGAGUUAACAAUUUUGUGCCUCUAUACUUGCCUGAGGAAAAGAUUUUGAUCGCUUAACACUAUAUCAAACUCCUUUUGUAAACUGUAGAGCACAUGAUCAUUCUCAUUGACUGGGCUCCGUUGAUAUAAUGUGAUGGGCUAUAGUCGUCUGAAACCCAAGUACAAUCUUUGGGCUUAAACCAAAUGAUUUCCCAAGUUCUGGGCAUGCCUUUGCCUAUAUCUCUA